AUGGCAGACCUCGAGGAUCAGGACGCUUGCUCUUGCCAUCUUGGUGUUGGCCUUGGCGAACUCCAGCCGCAGUGUCCGGGGGAUCUCAGGGUCGAAGCAGAUGCUGUUCAGAGCGUUCUUCACCGCCUCUGCCUCGGAGCGGCUGUUGAAGCUGACGAAGCCCACGGGCUGCCUGGAGGUGAGUUUGAUGAGAGACCCCUCGUACCCCUUAAAGGGCCUGAAGAGCAGGUAAAGUGUGCCGAGCUGUGCCCCCUGGAGCCGCCGUGCCCCAUAUCGGUGCCGUUCGAGGAGCGCGGUGGGGCGGUGCCCUGCGGGACGCCCUGGGGCCGCUGGUACCAGGCGCUGGAGGAGGUUUUCAUCGAGGUGUGCGCCAAGGACGAGCGCUGCAGCCUGGGCAGCCGUGACAUCACGCUGGCCACACAAGGGCGGGAGCUGCUGCAGAGUAAACUUUCUGACUCUACAGUAACUGAUGAAGGAACAUGGACAUUAGAAGACAGGCAGCUGAUACGAAUUGUUCUAACGAAGACAAAUAGAGAUGCUGGAAACUGUUGGACAUCUCUGUUAGAAAAUGAAUACGCUGCUGAUCCUUGGGUACAGGACCAGAUGCAGAGGAAGCUUACACUGGAGCGAUUCCAAAGAGAGAACCCUGGAUUUGACUUCAGUGGGGCAGAAAUUUCUGGAAACUACAGCAAAGGAGGACCAGACUUUUCUAGUCUUGAAAAAUAAACUUUUUAUCUGUGUUCUUUCAGAGGAAUUACAUGUUACAGUUAAGGACUGGAAUCACGUAACUGGUGAAGACUUCAGUGAUCUCUUCAAUGGAUUGUUGUCAAAAGUAAUUACUUCAGUGAAGAGAAAGGUCUCUUCCAGCAGAAUGAAGAUAAAAUGUUACCAGCUGAUUUAUAAGCUGCAAUUACCUUAUAAUACUAAGGGACAAAUUAUAGACAAAGGUGUACAUAAAAAACUAACAUCUUCGAGCA